AAAUACAUUGGCGCCAGAUGUACUGUAUCUAAAAUGGCUUACCUUGGAAAAACGUUCACUUUGGACAAACAUGAGAAGUUCGAUGAAUUUCUGGCAGCUUUGGGAGUGCCUAAGGACCAAAUAGACGCCUUGUGCUCACCUAAGGGCAGUACUAUAACACUGUCGAAGGAUGGAGAUACUUUCACCCAGACCGUAUCGUACGGAGCUGUUAGUUUUAAGUUGGGUGAAGAGUUCGACGAGACCAUCGGUAAAGUUCAGGCCAAAACUGUUUGCGUGAUGGAUGGAGACACCCUGACACAAACGCAGAAGUUCCCCGAUGGCCGCACUAUGACGUUUAAGAAGGAGUUCUCAGACAACAAACUUGUCGAGACUGCUACCACUAGUGGUUGGGAUGGCGUCGCCUACAAAUACUACUCAGCGUAAACUUAUCACCCUAUUAUUAUUUAUGUAAGCUUAAUUAUAAGUUAUAAGAAAUAAAAUAUGCUUAUUUUGUGUAA